AUGGGUGACUUCGUGACGGAGGCGUUCACCCUGCUGGCGGUGGCCAUUGUCAUCAUUGGGUUGCGAACGACUGCGCGAUGGAUUAUGGUGGGACCGAAGAAUUUCCAGCCGGACGAUUUUCUGAUGCUACUGGCGUGUGUGGUAUACGGGCUGGAAACCGGUGCCGCAUACAUGGUGGGCACUUGGUUCAAAGGUCUCGCCAACAACUCGAUGACUGAUGAACAGCGAUUGAUGCUUUCUCCCAGUUCUGGGGAGUAUCACUUGCGUGUCGGCGGUUCCAAGGUCCAAGUGACGGGGUGGUCUUUGUAUACAUUGCUCUUGUGGCUGCUGAAGACCUGCAUGGCCAUUUUCUAUUCUCGAUUGACGGCAGGGUUGGCCAACAUGCGAGUUCGAAUCCACAUCGCCUAUGGUUUAAUCGCCACGACUUACAUUGCGACGGUCUGUUCCAUCCUCUUUGGUUGCCAUCCGAUGCACAAGAAUUGGCAGAUCUACCCGGAUCCAGGAAACUAUUGUCAGCCCGCGGUGUCCAAGAUUGAUAUCUACGUGACCGUGGUGCUCAAUGUGGCGACCGAUCUGUACCUCAUCAGCAUUCCAGCUCCAAUGUUAUUCAAGGCUCGACUGCGCUGGCGGGAGAAGCUCGAGCUGCUCAUCCUUUUCAGUGGUGGUUUGUUUGUCAUGAUGGCCGGUGUCCUGCGCUGUGUCUUGAUCUUGACGGCGGGUGCCAAUGGGGCCCAACAAGCCGGCAGCUGGGCCUGCCGUGAGACCUUUGUGGCCGUCGUCAUUGGCAAUGCCCCGAUGAUUUACCCAUUGUUCCGGCGCGCGGCUCGCCGGGCCGGUUUAUAUCUCACCACGAAGGCCGGCUCCCAGAGCUAUCCGGCAUACCCGCUAUCGGAUAAUGAUACCAGCAAUCACGGGUAUCCGAAACGCAAGAAGUUCCGCCAUCCCCUAUCGAUCCCAGCGGAUACCCAAUGGAACACCACAAGUGACGAACAAAUGAUUCUCCCUACUUCCCGGCAGCAGCCCCCAACUUGCACUGCAGGCGACGGAGACUGGGAGACUACCAGCCACGGCAGCCAUGGCGGAGGUAUCAAGGUGGUUCAUGAAACCAUUGUUCAUAGUGCGGAAAAGGAGGCUCGAUGA